GGAAAAGCAGGCGACUUGGCAAGCACGUGGGAGUUGAGCGAGGCGACGUGUGUUAACCAGCUGAUCGUCCACCCAGACAAAAGUGCAGAGACGGGAAAGGAAGGGGGAGACGGAGGGGAGUGACUACUGAUGCUCUGAAAAUCAGCACCGUCAGAGUCAGCGCUGUGGCGAGCAGCAGAGCAGCACAGAUCCUCCACGGCAGCGUGACACAUCUCUCUGGCCUGAGCGUCAACAAAGGCUGAAAAGCAGGAUGGGAAAGCUGAUACGAGGAAGUGACUCUGCUAUUUAGAACACGAGACCCGGGACAGUUCUUCUGCCUCUUCUGAAUUGGAUUUACUGCUUUUUUUUUCCUUUUUUUUUUUUUUUUUAAACAGAGUGGCCUAUCCGUUUCUCAGCAGCAAUCCAAAGUGAUCUGCAAGAAAGGGGAGUUUGUUAAAUUUGGGAGGUGGCAUCGGACGCGCUGCAGAGAUGUCCUGGUUGUCUCCGGUUCAAUGGGCCAAAUGGACGUGGUCAGCUGUGACUGGAGGUGCAGGAGAUGAUGGACAGCUCAGAGCGAAGGAUGAAAGAGAGGACCAUUCAGAUUCUGAGGGCACCUUUGAGACUCCAGAGGCUGAAUCUCCAGUUGUUGAGAAGCUGUUGGGCCACCUGGACAAUUCCAGCCACACAGUUGCUGAUGAUGUUACAAACCACAUUUUGGACAAAAACUCAAACCAAAACACCACCACAGCUCCAUCAGAUGAGGCAACAUCCCCCAAUGAUGGCACCUUUAGUUUGGAUCAAAACCUCAAUGUAACUAUAAGCUCUAAAUCUGAUCACGAGGAGGCUUUGUCCCAAUCCAGCCCCCAGGUCAAUUCUGAAACCCCUCAGCUCCCAUUGCGGCCCCCCCUCUCUCUUCUGAUCAAACCUGAUCCUUCAGAGGUGGAUGAUGAACCCCCGGUGACACCUGAUGUCAGCCCAGACUCCAACCUAACUGUGGAUCCUGACUUGCUAAAUGGGAACAUGAAGGCUGAUGGUGUGCUGGCCAACUCGAAGCUCAGCUGUGACAUAAACGACUCAAUUAUCACGACUGCUGAACAAGUCCAUUUCCUCUGUGCUCUGUUGAACUCCUGUAAAGUAAAACAAAAUCAAGAAAUAAAGGACUUUUGCGGAAAGGAUGACCAUCACGGUGGCCACGCUACAGAUGAGGAGAAGUUGGCUGGCAGCGUUGGUGUCAAACCAGAAAGGAUCCAAAACAUCUUGGAAUGCCAGGUGACAUCCAAACCUGUGGAGUCUGAAUUCAACUCUGCGCAGAAUGACGACGCAUGCAAACUGAAGCGAUCCUCUGGGGGAAGUGAGAUGCAAAAAGCGGGAAGUCAGGUCCUGGAUUCCAUCUGCAUCAGUGAGGCUGAAAAACAGGCCGUUCUCAGCCUUAUCCGAGAGGAGGUCCUUACAAAGGAGGCCGAAAUCAACGACUGGAAGAAAAAGUAUGAGCAGGGCAAACAACAAGUGGAAGAGAUGAGAAAGAUUGUUGCAGAGUAUGAGACAACGAUUGCUCAGAUGAUUGAGGAUGACCAGCGCAGGACCCUAAGUUCCCAGAAGGCUUUGCAUGCAGUGACUUUGGAGAAGGAGGCUGCCCUGGCGGACCUGAACUCUGUUGAGCGUUCUCUCUCAGAUGUUUUCCGGCGCUAUGAGAACACAAAGAGCAAUCUUGAAGGCUUUAAGAAAAAUGAAGAGAUGCUGAAGAAGUGUGCUCAAGACUAUCUGGCCAGAGUCAAGCAAGAGGAGCAAAGAUAUCAAACAUUAAAGCUACACACAGAAGAAAAACUUAACAAGGCCAACGAGGAGAUUGCUACAGUACGUGCUAAGGCGAGCUCUGAGAACAUGGCGCUGACCGCCAGCCUGAGGAAGGAGCAGAUGAAAAAUGAAUCUCUGGAGCAAGCUUUGCAGCAGAAAAACCAGGAGCUCGAGGAACUCACAAAGAUCUGUGAUGAGCUGAUUGCCAAAAUGGGAAAAUACGACUGAAACUUCAUUGAAGUCCAGCUGGAUCCUCCCCCCAGCCCUGCACUUACCCCUAAAGUAAUGCCCUGUGCAUGCCCCAAUCACGAAGCAGCUCUCCCACUGCAUCACAUGCCUGUCAUGCAUUUAGGGGCUGCUUAUGUGGAACUACAAUAUAUUGUACUUAUGCACUACGUUUGAUGAGAACCUGUGAUCAUUUUGUUUCAUGUCCAUUUCGAGGUCGUCUUGAGCCUGUGGGAUUUUAUUUUCUGUCGUGCCAGUGAACAACAGCUGCUUUGUGACACAGCUUGUAUUUAAUGGCUUAAUUCCCAGUAACCGCCUCCAGGAUGACAUCAAACCUAACGCAGACCGAUGUCUGUUUAGCAGUUGCUUUAAGGCUCGGACCUCCCGGGUUUUGUCGAUGAGAAUAGUUAUUUUGAAGCUGCAUACAUAAUAAAAGUAUUUUUACAUGAAGUAAAGAAAAUUUGCACUCUGAAAGUACCCUUCUUAGGGGUUUUUGUGUUUAAAAAAAAAUGAAGCGAUAAGUGAACGGCAGACUGCACAAGAAGGGGGGAGGCAGUUGUUCAAGGGCACAUUGUCCUCAUGUGUCUGACUUCAUUUAAAAGAUGCAAAUUAUUUACUGUUUCAUCUACUUGACGGCAUAAAACUUUCAAUGACAAUUCAGAAAGCUGCAAAAUGUUUGCUUAUGAUGAAGCUAAUAGUCACUUUGUCUGUGUUACUCCAUUUUUCAAACUGACCCCAGCACUAACCAGUAACCAGCCAAAAUAAGGAAUACUGAAUGACUUGAAUAGCAGAUGAAACAAUACUUUGAGUUAUUUUACUACUAAUAAACAGUUUUCAAGUGUCAAACAAAUUUCCCUCCAGUCUCUUUGGCCUUCGGUCUUCUUGUUUGACGAUGUGAGCUCCAAUUCAUGCAUUUACAGUUAAGUCAUUUCUUUGAAAGUUUUUUUUAAAUAGUUUUUUAACCAAUAGACAAGAACUGUACUGAUUAAACAGAAAUAAAAGUGGUCCUUACGUUCUAUUUCCUUAUAACUGAAAGGUUUUGCUUUGAAGUUUGUUUUUUUCUUUUCAUGUGACAUGGUAUAUAUAUAUAUUUAAGUCCACUCUACUGUUAUAUUAACUUAUGUUACUAAAAGUAAUUUUCUUGACUGAUGUUAUAUGUUGAGAUAAUGUUUGUAGCAAUAGUUUUUUUUUUUUUCGCUUUGAAUUUGUGGGUCAGAAAUUAGCCCACAUAUGUUUACCUGUUCACAUGUGCUUGAAAACAAUAAACUAUAGUUUGUUCUAUCUCC